AUUAAUAUGAAAAUGGCUUCAAUUUAGUUCAGACCGUUAUAAAAUUUUCUAAAAAUUAAAUAUGUAAAAUCUAAGAAUAUUCUUAUUAAAUAACUAAUUGAAAGUGCUUUUUGACUUAUAAGCGAAUUCAAACAUGUGGAAUUUAGUGAUAGCCUUACUUUUUGUGGAUAACUCAAUAUUGCAAAUAGCUCGCAUCUAUAGAAUAUUUUACACCAUAAAAGAGUAUUUUAUGAAAUCAACAGCCAUUGGUAAAACAAGGGGAUCCGAGCUAGGUGGAUUCUCCAAUAUGAACAACGUCUGGAUCCGAGCUAGGUGGAUCCAGCUGCCACGAUGGACCCAAAAUGCAAACCAAUUUGUAGUGUUGCAGUUUUGUUUUCUUGAUGUUCUAUCUUUUGGAAAAGUUUAAUACGCAUACAUUUAUCAUCCUCUCCGCCACUCCCUUCCUCAUCAUUAGCAACAAAAUAAAUAAAUAUCAAUACGAAAAUAUUUUCAAUGACAUAAAAAACAGAACAAAAAAAUGAGAAAAAAACGGAAAAGUCAACAUUUUAAAGGACAUAAUUUAAUUGAUACUGAAAAUAUUUCAUUUCACGUCGUCUUUGUCAUUUUCAAUAUCGAGGAGUAGCGAUAACCAAAAAAUAAAAAAAAACAGGAAAAAGGAACCUAAUAAGGGAUUUGUAUUGAAAAGCAGGAAAACAAAAAUAAGAAAAACGAGAAUCUAAUAAUAAAAAUGAAUUACCAUAGAAGAGAAAUAAAAUUGGGAAUCGAAAGUCUUAAAUUAAAUUUUGUCAUUCAAAAAUCUAAAAAAGCUAAUAUACUCAAUAAGGAUUUUAACAAACUUUGAUUGUAAACGUAAAUAUACCUUAAAAAAGAUUCUUUCCUUCAAAUCAACAAAAGAAACAACAGUAAAAAAACACAAAAUCAAAGGAAAAACAUGAAAUAAUUUUUUUUGUGUGUAUCUUCCUCAUCCCUACAAGAAUACCAUUUUGGUCAGACGUACAAAAUAGCAGAACUAAAUGUCAUACACCAAACAUAGGGAAUCAAAUCAUUUAUAAGAUCAUACACUCCUACAUACAAACAAAUUUUAAACAUAUUUACGUAGUCGUAAUUUUGUAUUUAAGUGGAAUAUAAGCUACCGCACUUCAUGUCAGUCAACAUCGUUCUGGAACAAAAAAAAGAGCAUAAAAUUUCACAGUAUUUGAUGACAACAUUGGUAAAACACAGUGCAAUGCAACAUACAAAAUUGACAACAAAGUGAAAAAAAAACAGUCCAUAUAAAAACUGUUCAUUAAUAUAAUUCUUUUUCCCUUUAAUUCGUAUAUGCUUCAAUUCCUCUUUAGAACCUUUUACAUCCCGACAACCUUAAUGCACUCAGAUAAAAAAAAAUUAAAAAAGAAAAUCAAGUGCCAAAUUCAUAUAUAAAAGCUUUCCCUCCGUUUUUUUCGUUUUCAAGCGCGCUAUUUAGUGGCAUUGACACAAAAACGUUGUAUAUAAAAAUAUCUUAAUAUUUGAAAUGUGAAAUAAUUUUUUAAAUAAUAUUUACAUUUCAUAUGUAUAUGAUAUUUUAAAUGACUGCAUCUUUGCAUAUUUCACUAAAAAAUUUGUAACAAACUCAUAAAAGACCGAACGAGAUAUUAUAGCAUAAUUUUAUCAUGUAUACUACCAAAUGCAAAAUAAUAUGAUCAUUUAAUAAUGGAAGGAAAAUGCUUUUUUUUAUUAUUAUUAAACUAAAAAAUAAAAAAAAGGACUAAAAAGGUUAAAAAAAUUAUAAAAUUAUAAAAUAAAAAUUAUAGUUAAAUAAUAAACAAAAAAAGAAGAGUAUUUUAUAAUUUAAAUAGUUACGAGAAAAUGAAACUAGUGCCAACGAUUUUAUAAAACACCACUGAAAAUUAAGAAAAAAAUAAAUGAGUACAAGAAAAAUUGCACACUCAGAAAAAAAAAAUAGUAAAAAAGUAAAAAAUAAAAUUCAAUACAUGCUUAUAAUUUAGGAAACAAUCAAGCAAUUAAGAAUAAAUUCUACAAUUAAACUGAAUUGUGUCGGAAUUAAAACGAACAAAUUAAAUCGUUGACUCACUUUUAAUUUCAUACUAAUGUCAACAUCUCAAAUAAUAUUAAUAUUUAUAAUGUUAACACCCCCUUAAAUAAGAAUACGACACAUUUAUAUACGAAAUAUACAGGAGUGAAAAAGUCAUCAUACAACGUAAACGCGAUUUGAAUAAGUGAUUGUUAACUUACAAAAAGAAUACGCCAUCAUCAUCAUCAUGACUUUUUUUAUUCGAAAAGUAAAAAAAAAAUUUCACUUUUUUUAAAUAUUAACACUUUAAAAAUACAUCUGCUGCACAUAAAAUAUUACAAUUAAAUAAUAUAUGUACGUGCACAACAUAAACUUUCAUAUAAUUAAGAGAAUUACCUUGUUAUUUAAAAGAAAAAAAAAGGAAAAUAAGAAAAAAGACGUCGUUAAUAAGGUGAUUUUCUCUCCAAAAGAGUUCUCAAAAAAAAAGAACAAAAUUUUUUGCAACAAAAUAAAAAUUAAGAAAAAAAAGUAAUAGCAAAAAAUAUAUUUAAAGCGGCAAAUCAUAUAAUUGAAAAAAAAAAAUAAAAAUACAUGUAUAUGCAUGUAAUACGUAAAAUAAAAAUUAUACAAUAUAAUAAAAUAUGCACGAAAACGUUUAUGAUAUUUUGUAUAAAAAGGAAAUUAAAAUUCAACAUGGCGUAAUUAGUUAACGGUUAAAUGUUAAUAAUUACAAUUAAGAGAAAGCGAAAAAACACAAAUAACAAAAAUAAAAAUAAAUUCAACUUUUUUUAAAACAUAUAUUUAAAAAGGAAACGUACUCAGAAAUACAUAAAAAUUAAACAACAAAUCAAAUAAAGAGAGAGAGAGAAAAAAAAAGAAACAAACUGUAAAUAACCAAUUUUUAAAACAACACCGCCAUUUUUAACGCCAUCUUUUUCCGAAUUAAUUUUAAAUUGUCGAUUUAAUUAAUUUUCUUUUUCAUUUAUAAGCAACAAACAAACAAAUAAAAAAAACAUACUAUUUUCAUAUGAAAAUUUUAUGGAGGAUAAAAUUGAGUGCAACAAAUAAAGGAUUGCGAUAUUAAAGAUAACGAUUAAAUGAACAUUGUAAAAAAAAAAUGGUUGCCGGAGCAUUUUAAAUUCUAUAAAUGUUGUUCGUUUUGGCUAUUUACUGUAGAAAAUCAUACUUACUAUAGUAAAAUAAAUGAAAAUAUAUAUACAUAUUUAUUUUCAUUUUUCAAUUAAAAAUAAACAUUUAUUCUUAGAAAACAACACCACCAUACAAAAACUAUUGCAGUUAUAAAACAAAAACUGUACAAUCACGUGCAAAGCAAAAAAAAAAACAAAAGCAGGUUUAAGGAUUUUUGUUUUCUCAUAUUUUUUUCUAAUUAAUUAUUUUGGUGUGAUGAAGUUUAACGAUAACGGGAAAGAAACAAAAUUUUUGGGCUAGAAACUUUAAAACAAAAGUUCUUAAGGAGUUUCCAACUUAUAAACAAAAAAAAUCGUGAAUGAAAAAUUUGUUAAUUAAAAAAAUUUAAUGUAAAAAGUUCAAAUAAUAAAACUAAUUGUUAAACAUAAAAUUAUUAAUUUUUAUACAAAAAAAAUCAUUGAAAAAAUUAAAAAAACAACAAUAGCACCAAAAAAAAAACCAUAAAGCUAUUUUACCAUUAUUGAAAAUGGCUCCCAAAAUUAUACUAAUUAAAAUACUUUGGUAUUCUUCGGUAUUAAAAUCAUAGUAGUUAAUUUCGGUUAGGAAGAAAAACCUUUAAAAAGUGUAACUUUUGAAUAAUAAAAAAAAAAUUGAAAGAGAAAAAACAAACGUCCUCAAUUUGGUUAAACUUGAGAAGAAGAAGUUCUUAUUGAAUUACAAAAAAAAAAAGAAAAGUUGCAGCUUUCCAAACAUAAUAUCAAAAUACAAUAUAAAGUAAAAAUAAAACAAAAUUUGAAAUUAUGAGCAAAAAGGCACCAUUACAUGUGCCUCAAUUUACUGAUACAUUAAAUUUAUCACCACCGAGUCCUUCAAUGUGCUUCCCAUCGCCAAAUAAAAAUGAUAAACGCGAUAAACAACAGCAACAUCAAGGUUUAUGCGGUUGUCAACGUGCACCCAAAUCACAUUGUAUAUCAGCUAUCGGAGUUCUAAUACUAGUUCUUCUAUAUACUGCUAUGGGUUCAAUAAUUUUUGUAACACUUGAAAGUGAAAUAGAGGAUAUUGCGUCAAUUGAAACAGCAGUAGCAGAAUCAAAACAUUAUACUAGAACUGAUUUGGAAGAUGCAGAGAAAAUACGAAACAUGACUGUGGAUAAAUUAUGGUCAAUAACUGAAUCUUUAAAUGUUCUAUAUAAGGAUAAUUGGACGAAGAUGGCUGAUGACGUUGUACGAAUGUUUCAGGAUAAUUUACUACGUGCUGUGAGAGCAUCAAAAAUUCAGGAGCCUGGUGUUCAACCAAGUAUACCGUCCCAUAAAUGGUCAUAUGCUUCAGCAUUUUUAUAUUCAUUAACAUUAAUAACAACAAUCGGUUAUGGAGGUAUAUCACCACGAACACAAUGGGGCCGUAUAGCAGCUCUUAUAUAUGCACUAUUUGGAAUACCCAUUGUCCUUUUAUAUUUAUCAGCAAUGGGAGAAGGUUUAUCAUCGGCAAUACGUUGUUUAUUUCGUGUUAGCGGUAGCAGUAGUGGUAGUAGUAAUAGCAAAAAACGUGGUAAUUCUGGUUCAUCGGGUGGAAGCAAUAAAACACCACCAUUAGAUAGUAGCGGAACAAAUACAAAUAAUUCAAAUACAAAUGGUGGUAAUGCAGCAUCUCAUUUACAUUUUAGUCAUCAUCAACAUCAUCAACAUUCAUCGAAAUUACACAAUAGUAAUAAUAGUCCAUAUCAAUUACAUUCGUCAUCUGGUUUAUCAGCAGGAUCAUCAAAUUUAAUAAGACCGAGUCAUACGAAUCCAAGUGUGCCAAUUUCUAUAUGCAUUUUAAUUUUAAUUUGUUAUAUUAGCUUAGGUGCUCUACUAUUCCAUAAAAUUCAAAAUUGGAGUGUAUUAGAAUCAUUAUAUUUUUGUUUUACUUCUUUGGGAACAAUUGGUUCUGGUGAUUUAUCACCAACUGGUAAUUUAAGUCAAUAUUUGGCAUCCGGUUAUAUAAUAUUUGGUAUGGCCGUUGUAGCUAUGUGUUUUAGUUUAAUACAAACUGAAUUAAUACUUUGGUUAAGGAAAUUUGGUGUACAAGAUCAAGUAUUACCACCAUCUUCAUCGUCAACAAUAACAUCGUCAUCAUCGAAUCCAAAUAAUUUAUUAGGUGGACAAGAUGAUGUUGCAUUGGUUUCAGUUUCUGCUGUAUCAUCUGUACAAUCAAAAUCCUGA